AUGAGUGCGGACUUUAUACCUUGUCAGAAUGAAUAUAAUAGUUCGGACACUUUCUUCGGAGUUAUUGAUGUGGGGAAGAAUAACCUUUGGACGCAACUUGAUGGUACAGUAAUAGAUAGUUCAUUCACGAGCACAUUCGAUGGAUCCACUGGUCAGCCCAACGGCGGAAGUAGUCAAAAUUGCAUUGUGAUUAAUGCAGAGCCAAGUAGUACCCAUGCGCCAGAUAAAACACAGGAUAAAGCCUGCUCUUCUAGCUACAAGACAAAAUCUAUGCUCUGCUACAUUGACACUAAAGAGUUCUGCUUCGGGUGGACCUCCACUGCAGAUAACAUAGUUAGAGAACACUGCUACUGGCUCAUCACGAAACCUAAGUCUAGCAGUCAAUGGAACGUCGUGGACGCCCUCUAUCGGUGUACCUCAGAAGGAGGUACCCUAGCACCUGCCAUAGACACCGUCCAGAUGUCCUUCAUUAAGGAGUCUUUGACAUCAAUAUUUGAGUCCAGCACCGUCACAAAGACUGGGGUUUGGAUGGGUUCCAACACAAUCAGAGGAAAGGAAUGGAACUUGGACAACCAACCCAACUUCCUCUCUUCCACAUCUACCGGAAGCAUAACUCCCGAGAAGUGCAUGCGUCUGGAGAAAGAUUCUCUAAAUACGGGUUACAUCAACUGUCGGAGUGAUUCUACGUCAGUACGUGGGGCCGUCUGUGCCAGAUAUGGUACAGGAAAUAUUGUGAUAGAGCAUGUGCCAUCAUCCAGCGCCCCGACAGUCACAAAUACAACAACAUCAACUACUACACUAAAAGCUACAACAACGACCACAACAACAACGACACCAGAACCCGAAACAACGGUCACUCCAGCAUCUACAAACGCGCCAUGUGUCGCGAGAUCUGACGUCUACAACUUGACUUCUGUGGAAACAAUAAAGAUGGCGCUAACAGUGGACCCAAAGGAAACUACCGCUUACAAGUCCACUCUGACCUGUGCAGAAGAUGACCGAGUGGUCUCCCGUUACAUCGGCUACACGGGAGUAUUCACUAUAUCAACUGUAAUGGCGUCCUUUAUAUUCAUGGACUGCAUUAGAAUUUGUACUGGAUGCUGAUGGGACACUUACAAACGGGAAAUAAUGUUUCACAUUCAAUUAUGGAAGCACUAUUUACAGUACAUGAUAUAACAAUAGAAAUUGUAGAAAACUGCAAAUAUGCAGGUCUCUACCAUACAGUAAAAAUUGUACAUUCACUACAUUUUAAGAUGCAAAAGUUAUGUCUAGUUUGCUACAGAUUGUAUUUCAGAUGUGUUUGCUAUGAAUUAAUUACUUGAAAAUUACACUAAAAAUUUCGUAAACACAUUUGAAGAGCACUUGAUAAAACAAAUGGAAGCAUGA